UAGCGAAGUUUUCGCUCUGUCUUUGCAAGCGUCCCGGAAGAUUUGAGUCUCAGAACAGGAGUAACAUAUUGGGGCUGGAACACAAAAUGGAUGCAGGUGGACGUCCUUCGACUGGUCAACUCAUUCUCCUAGCUACCAGCUCAGCUGUCACAGCAAUUUUGUAUGCCAUUUACAGACAAAAGUCAAAAGUUGUUCACAGCCUGAAGGGAGCCAAAAAGGUCACCCUAGACCAGGACCUGAAAAGUAUUCUUAUGGAAGCGCCUGGGAAGUGCGUCCCUUAUGCAGUGAUAGAAGGUGUUGUGCGAUCCGUUAAGGAAACCCUCAACAGCCAGUUUGUGGAAAACUGCAAGGGAGUGGUUCAGCGGCUGACGUUGCAGGAGCAUAAGAUGGUGUGGAACCGGACCACCCACCUCUGGAGCAAUUACGAAAAGAUCAUUCACCAGAGAACAAACACAGCGGCCUUUGAUCUGGUGCCCCAGGAAGGCGGCACUGACGUCGCCGUGAGGGUGAUGAAGCCCCUGGAUGCCUCCGAACUGAGCUUAGAGACGGUUUACGAGAAAUUCCACCCCUCUGUGCAGUCCUUCACGGACGUGAUCGGCCAUUACAUCAGCGGGGAGCGUCCCAAAGGCAUCCAGGAGACGGAAGAGAUGCUGACAGUGGGGACAGUGCUCACUGGUGUGGGAGAAUUGGUCUUGGACAGUCACGCCAUCAAACUGCAACCCCCCAAGCAAGGGAUGCGGUACUACUUGAGCAGCCAGGAUUUCGACUCCUUGCUUCAGAAGCAAGAAUCCCACGUCCGGCUCUGGAAGAUCCUGACAGCUGUUUUCGGCUUCGCUACCUGCGCCUUGUUCCUCUUCCUCCUGCACAGGCAGUACCGCCGCCACCAGGAGAAGCAGCGCCUGCGGCAGAUGAGUGAGAUGAGCGCGGCCGGCGGUGAUGCAACCAGCAACGCUUGUGUCAUCUGCCUGAGCAACACCCGGUCUUGUGUCUUCCUCGAGUGUGGGCACGUGUGCUCAUGCAACAAAUGCUACCAAGCACUCCCGAGGCCCCCCAAGUGCCCGAUUUGUAGACAAGAAAUCACGAGAGUCGUGCCUUUAUAUAACAGCUGAGCGUUGCCAUCUAAAAAGUCCUUGGAAACGAUCCUUCCUACAAAGGAGUGUUCUUUGACUGUUGCUGUGAAGCCCCACAGAGGAUCCUGGAGUUGUCUGGUAUUCAGUGGCUUGCGUUCUCUCCCUGCAACUUCAGACUGAGUUGAGCCGUAUUAGCUGAGAAUCAAAAAAGAGCUUCUGAAACUCUGGCUGCUUCUGAUCUUUGGACCGCUUGCUGUAACUUUGGUGGACAUGAUGCCAAAAUACAGGUUCUUCUCAAUUGAGAAUUCACACGUACACAAUUGUGUGUUACUCUCCUUGUGUUUCCCAUACAAGAAUUAACAAAAUGGUGUUUCUGGUCCUCACGAUCCCUUUUGAACUGUGUGUCACCAGUGUUGCAUGUGUGUUUUGCACAGGACAAAUUUUAAAUCUCCAGUUCUGUGUGAAGACACUUCAGAUUCUGUGCAAAAAAUAAAUGAUAUAGAUUAA